UCCUGUUCCGGGAAUCCCGCCUUCCUGUAUUGCGCGUGUUGUUAUUAGCGGCGUUUUUGUUCUGGCUCUCUUGAUAUCUGUUGUCUAUCCCGCUUCGUUUGAUAUAUACUGUACCUUUUGUGCUGUGCAGAGUAUGUGCAGUGUUUUUUGUGAGUCUGGUACCUAGUAUAGCGGCGUCAUUGUAAGUUGCGGAAGUUUCUGUGCAAAUUCCUCGAUAUGGCACCUGUAUCAUCAAAGCAGCAGGAGACGCACAAAAUGAGCAAAACCUGCACCGUGGUCAAGUUCACUCAGGGUCAGAACGAAACCGUGGAAUUCGUUCCCACAAAAUGGAUCGUCGGCGGAAAGUUGUGCCUGUGGCCGGCAGGCAAACCGAAUUCACGAUUCACACAGAUGAUAAAGGACCGCUGCGAUCCUGAAGAUGACUGGACGCUGUGCGCGUGUGUGUGCAUGGCAUCUUUCAAUACUGAAUCCAGUGAAGAGGAGGAUGCAGGUACCCAGGAUACAGGUCCAGCCAAUGUAAUCCCUCCACCGAGGAAGAGGUUGCGGUUGCCAUCACCACGUCGUGAUGUAAGACACCUGAACGGCAGUCCUCGCACCGUGACACCACCGCCUCCUCCGAGCAGCGGGCCCGUCGCACAUCUGCCUUCAUCAAGCAGCAGGCCUGCGACGCCGUCGCCCCUUCCAAGCAGUGUUUGGUCCAGCCAUGAUGCACCCUUCCAAGGACACUGUAAGCCCCACUGAUAUUACAAGCUCUUCACCAGGCAACACCAACACUCAGACACUAGCUCAAAAUGCUGAAGUGUGCGUUACGCGUGGACCGUCUUGCUAUUGUUGGGGGCAGUACGCUCACUGACGUCGUGCGACUCAUUAUGGAGACGUGCUCCAGAAAGGCCUUGCAACAGCAGGUGACAGUUGAAGGCCGUAACGGCAAAAAGGCCUUCAAGGGCACGCAAUUGUUCGCGUGCAUAAUUGGUGAGUAAUAUAUGGCAUGGUUGUUUCCAUUUGCUUUUGCUUUGUAUUACAUAUCUUUCCUAACCAUAGAAACCUUAAGUAGUUCCGGCAAUACAUAGUCUGUCUUUAGUUUUUGUUUUAAUCUGCUCUGUGACAGUGCAUUGUUAUGUCUUCAGUGCUAUGGCACCUGAUUGAACUACGUACCAUAAAGAUGCUUUUGCUGUUAUUGGACAGAUUAUUUCUAGCCAUUUGCAUGAACAGAAGUCCCAGAAUAAUAUUCAUGUCAUGAACUUCAGCAUAUUUGCCAGUUUUCCAAGCACAUGUUGCCUGGAGAGAACAGUUUCUCUGCAUAGUAUUUGUUGGAAUUAAAUAUUACGUAGAGGGCUGUCGAAAUGCAGGCACUGCACCCUGUGGUUGUAUGUUGCUAUGAUGAUGAGCAACGUCAACAACAGCAGCAGAGACGUGCACCAGAAACUCCCUUCAGGGGAUACACAUCACUUCACUUGUAUGCUUGGUGAGUGGUGUUUGGGUGGUUUUCCUCGGCUGCAGGUCAUAUGCUGCAUGAUGACUGCAGUAGAGCCUCAUAUAAUACCAAUGACAGUGUAAUUGGUUAUGUCAUCAUAGUUGCAAUUUUUGUAACAUCUGCUUGCAGAAGAAUGAAAAAAAACUAUAUAUAUAUAUGGAUAUAUAGUGUAAAUUUCUGUGGAUGAGGGAUGCUUCUCCCUUGCCAGUCCCUGGAUGUGGCAUAUGCAUUUUCCGCAAGGUAAUUAAUCUGUUGUUGUGUUUGUUUUUCAAAAGUGGCUGUCCACAAGCGCAUGCAGUCCCUGGGCAUCACGGUCACAGACAAGGAAAUAACUGCCCGUAUUGGCAGGUAUUUGACGUGCGCCAUUGACCGGGAAGGUGGUCGAAAGGAAAGACUGCAUUCAAAACAGUAAAUAAAAAUAUAUGGUAUUUUUCCUCAGA